AUGGAAGACCCAAAACAUUUCACAGAAGAAAACCUCCAUAGAGCACGGAUUUUGGGGUGGGUUGUGGAAAUAAUAGAAUCACACGUCCUCAUGGUUGAUGAUAUCGUGGACUCGUCACAGACUCGCAGAAGCAAGGAGUGCUGGCACAUACAUAGCGGUGUUGGAUUGGGAGCAGUCAAUGACUGUGGACUCCUACUGGCCUGUGCCUUCGAAUUAUUGGAACUGUAUUUCGGAAAGGAAAAAAUCUAUGGUGAUUUAGUCAAAAUUACCCAUGGGACAGUAUUCCAGAUAUGUAUAGGUCAGCAUCUAGACUGCUUAUAUGGGUACAGUAAAGAGAAGAACAACUUUGACAAAUUGACAAAGGAGCACUUUGAUAAUUUUACUCUUGUAAAAGCUGCAGUCUAUUCGUUUAAAUUCCCGAUGCUGUUAGCUCAUACUUUAGUAAAGGACAGGAGCAAAACAUUUUCAGAAGAAGCGUAUAACAUAGAUUGGAAUAUUGGCAGACUUCUGCAAUUGCAGAAUGACUACAAAGAUAUCUUCGUUGACGAUAUCAAAACAGGGAAGGUGGGCACGGACAUUCAAGAAGGUAAAUUAACCUGGUUUGCUGUAACAGCGCUGCAGCGCUGCACCGAAGGACAACGUUCUAUCUUCAAAGAAAACUACGGCAGUAAAAACCCUGAACAUGUAAAGCGUAUCAAGCAGCUUUUUGAUGAAUUAGAAAUGGAAAAAUUGUAUAAAGAGUAUGAACGUUCGGUUUAUGAAGAUUUAGUUCGCAGAAUUCGUGGCUUGCCGUCUAGAGAGGAGUCACACUUCCUUGCGCGAAUUUUAAAAGGGUGCUACAAACAUUUCUGCUGA